UGUCAUUGAAGUAUCUCUCGUCGUGCCCUUUCGGUUCUGAUCUGGCCCCGUAGCAUGCUUGGUCUUGGCCUGCUCAUCUACUGACCAUGGCGUCUGAAUUUAUCGGCUACGAUGUGCUGGUGACUCUGCGAACGCCACCAAAUGCAACUGUGCAAGGAGAAGUGGCCAAUGUCAUCGGCCAGCGUCUAAUUCUACGGAAUGUCAAGCUAUCGUGGAUCGGUCACCCACUUCCGUCCUACUCCGUCGACGCUCCGGAUAUUGCGGACCUCUCAAUAGCACCAUCAGGCCAGCCCACUGCCCAGCAGCCCCCUGUCCCCCCUGCUCCAUUUUCUCACAAGGAGGCAGUGGGUGCUACUUUUGCGCCACCCGCGCCAUCAGCACCACAGCCUUUUGUGGACCCAGCGAUUCUGAGUUUCUCGAAACCUCCCUCAAAACCAGUCGACCACAGCCCAGAAGCAGCGGCACCUUCGAGCUCCCAACACCCUCAGCUAUCGCAGCAAGUCGUUCGUGAUCAGGCUGCUGUCCUUAAUGAACCGUUCAGCAACCUUGAGCUAGAUGUGAACAAGGCCCCACCCGAGAGUGGAAUCGCGACACAAACUGCACCCCCUUUGCAACAGAGCUUACAUUACGGACCCAAGACCAAUCGUCGCGGUGGUGCGCCUAAAGUCUCCAAAGUUGUCAACGAACACGAUGGAGCAGCCAAUACAAACCCGAAGACCAGGGGCUGGCGCCAGACAGCCUUUACCGAGCCCUCGCACCCACAACUCGCUGAGACACGCAACAAGCAGCGGCGGAAGAAGAAGGGCAGAGCCAGUUAUGCUGAGGACCCGAAUGGCUGGGCGACAGAAGACGCCACGGAUAUCCAGGAAUUGGGCGAGUUCGAUUUUCAGAGCAAUCUUUCCAAGUUCGACAAAAGACGGGUUUUUGAGGAGAUUCGUAAUGACGACACUACCGCCGAUGAGGAACGCUUGGUCAGUUUCAACAGAAGACCGAAACCCGGAACGAACGGUGGGAGAAACCUGCAUUGGACGGAAAACGUUCUCGACAGUCUUGAGGAGAGUGAGGAGGAGCUUACUGAUCACGUCCCGAGCGACGCGAAGCUUAGCAGCGGAACCUACUCAGGACGUGAGCGCACGCUGUCUUCCAGGGCGCCACCGUCUCGCAAAGGCAGUGCUAUUCUCGGACAGCCAUUGGUCCCUGCACAGGUCAACUCGCUUGGUCGCAGUCAAUUGAGCACGUCUCGAACCACCAGCCCACGCCCGAAUAAAACUCCCGUCUCGGCAUCGCCGAUAAGCGGUCCCGGUGUGCCUGGUGCCUCUCUGCGCCUCACGACUACCAACAGAAGCUGUCCAACUGUGAGUCCGCUCCAGACUCUUGAGGUUGAGCAGAUUGCGGUCGCGGAGCUCGGCCUCACCGAGGACAUGAUAACAGAAAACACUGGGCGAGGCAUUGCGGAAGCCGCCGUCGGCCUUCUGACUAGUGAUGCGGCCGCCCCGACAAUGCUUAUACUCACAGGCAAUCACCGGACUGGAGCACGGGCUAUAUCCGCUGCUCGCCAUCUGCGCAACAGGGGUCACCGUGUCACCGUCUGUAUGCUGGGAAUUGAGCACGAAAACGAGCUGUUAGAGAAUUGCCGCAAGCAACUCGACGUGUUCAAGAAGAUCGGCGGUCGAGUGCAUCGGUGGGAAGAUCUCUCAGCCCGACUGACAACCUCCGAGUUUGCUCCCGACUUGGUGGUCGAUGCACUAUUUGGUAUUCACAUUGCCUUUGAGGACCUUCGCACAGACGAUCAAGCAGUAGCCUUCGAAAUGAUUUCGUGGGCCAACAGGAGUAAUCUUGAAGUCUUGUCUGUGGACGUCCCCUCCGGUCUUUCUGCUAUUAGUGGCGAAGCGACGGUGGUGGAAGGCGGUCGAGUCUGCGUCAAUGCUAAGUCAGUGGUUUGCCUAGGCGCUCCAAAGACUGGUAUCGUCAACGCCUUGCUCUCGGGAGAAGGACUAUCAUGGAAUCUCUCGGUAGCAGACAUUGGAAUCCCUCAGAUUGUGUGGAGGAAAUAUGGCAGUCGACGACGCCACGGAAUUGACUUUGGCAACCGAUGGGUGGUGCCGCUACGCUACCAGCCACCUCCUGUGUAAAGCAGGCUUUGCAUGCAUGUGAUGAUUCUAUGACCCAAAAAGUCUUAUGGCGUUUUCUAGGAAGUGGGAGAUUGCAGAGUAGAUCAGGUACUCGCGUUGUGAAUGAUGAUGAUGAGGGGGGGAAGGGCGGGUAAGGGCGAGAUUACCAUGAGACGUGACCUUGUGAAACCGAAUAGUCGACGGCGGCUUUGUAUUAUAGUGCUGUAGAUUUAGCAAUAAAACCCAUAUUAUGA